CUUCGCAAACUUUGGAAUGAUAUCGUUGACCCCGUGGUCCAAGCUCUCGGGGAGUUAAAUGUUCGCCCUGGUUCGCGUAUCUGGUGGUGUCCCACUGCUGAGCUCACGCUGCUUCCCAUCAAUGCAGCAGGACCAUACGAGAAGAGGAAAGACAAAUUUUCUGACAUUUACAUAUCCUCUUACACCCCCACUUUGGCGACUCUCAUUCGUGCGAGACAGCAACCGUCGUCGCUCAGCAUGUUGCUCCCAUCGUCUCCUUCACAUUCAUUCCUCGAGGAUGGCAACGCAACAGUUGAUGGUGCACUCGAUGCACUCAAUCAUAAUCAGUGGCUUCAUCUCGCCUGCCACAGAUUACCGAAUCGGACACAGCCGUUCGAGUCCUCCUUCACCAUGCGCGACGACCCAUUGAUGAUACGGGACAUCAUCCGAUCCAACUGGCAGAAUCCACAGUUUGCAUUUUUAUCGGCUUGCCACACUACCGUGGGCGAUGACAAGAGUCCCGAUGAGUUGAUACAUCUCGAUACAGCUAUGCAAUUCUGCGGAUUUCGCAGUGUGAUUGGUUCCAUGUGGUUUGUUGACGAUGAGGUUGCACGCCAGGUCGUGUCUGCUUUUUACCGCAACCUCAUUGAUGAUUCGACAAGAUUGGGCUGCACUCGUGCUAAGGUAGCACUGCACAAGUCCGUGAAAUCGUUGCGCAAGAAGAUUCCAUUAGCACAGCAUAUUGUAUUUCAAGUUUUCAUUGCCUCACUCUCCUGUUGCUUACUCAUUUAA